AUGCCUCGUGACCCAACCUACCACGAUGUGGAGAAGAUGAGGCGCCAUGCUCUCAAGCCGUACGAUAGACACGCCAGUGACAAUCAAGAGGCCAUUGGCGAUGACGACAACAGUGAUGUUGAAGUAGCUAUCGACGAAGAAGGAUCUGGCGGCGAUGAUGAUGCCGGCAGUGCUGAGGACUCCAGUGAGGCUGAGAGUUCUAGCGACGACGACGACGAAGAUGCCACCAACAAUGAAUAUAACAACGAGGGUGAAGAAGCCAAUAGCGAGCAAGAUUCUGACAGCGAGGAAGAAGCUAGCGACGUUGAAGAUGCCAUCGACGACGAAGAAGUCGACUACGAUGAAGAUGAAGACAUGGAAAAGCCCACCAACAUCUUCAACCCAAGUGGCUCCCGCAACAAUUGCACCGACAUGGGAGAAUCCUACGCCUCAGGACUACCCAACGAAUACAGCCCACCCGCUAGCGACUGCGGGGGAAGAGGCCUUGACGAAUGGAAAGAGCGUCUUGAAGAAAACGGCUUCAAUAUAUCCGACGACCCGCCUGACGAAGAAUACCUCAAUGGGGCUCGCGAAGCCUCUGUUGCAUACUGGCAUGCCAAUGGUGGUGGGCACGUCGUCGCAAUGGAUGGUGGCGACAACGACGCGACGUAUACAUACUCUGAUCAUCAGGGCCGUGUUGACGAGGACGUUACGGAGGAAGUUAAUGAGGCAAGACGUGAUGGGCGCAUUGCAUUCUAUGUCACGAGGCCGAAGUUUGACGAUCGCGAGAGGGAACAGCAGCACGAAGAUGACUAUGAGGAGGAUGAGCUGGACGAAGAGAAAGGAGGUGAGGUUAAUGGUGAUGACGGAGACUAUGAAAUGGACGAUGGAUGGAACAAAUACCGGUGA